CGCACACACACGCACACACACACACACACACACACACACACACACACACACACACACACACACAUCUGCGUCAUUUCCUAUCCUCAGAGGGUCGGAGAGCAUGUUCAGAGAUCCCUGCCAGUUGCGCACAGAGAAGGCUCCGACAGACUCUAGAGUUUUGUUCAGUGGACAGAAUAAACCCGGAGAAGGUCUUCUGUUAUUAAAAGGAACCGCCUCCCACGGAUUUGUCUCUGCCUGGUUUCAUCCAUCACACCGGUCACUAUCUGAAGCUCUCCCUGGUGAAGGCAGCGGUGAAGCUUUAGUUGCGCAUGGAAUAAAAAGACAACAGGACCGAAAGAACAUGUAUGAUUUAUUCACUUCAAGACCUUCGACUGGGAACCUGCUUUGUUUGGAGCUGACACACCAUGUGCGGUGCACAUCAGCUCCGUUACGCGCGUAGAUCUCCGGUCACCUGUUGGAGUUGCCCGAUGCGCGGCGGUGAGCUUCUUUCACGCUUUGAUUUCAUUCUAACGGAAGGAUCGACUUGAACACAGCGCUUUAUAACAGAUGAUCGAUCCGUCCUCCUCCUCCGGUCUGUCUGAUGCACUGAGUCCCGGUUAUGUUGUAGGAUGAGCGCGGAUCUGGAGCGCGUUUCGCUCAACACAUCGGUGACCUCGGCCGGCCCGGGCGGCCGCGCGCUGUCGGCGAACGUCCGGAGGCUCCACAACGCGCUCAACCUGCUGCUCAGCGACCUGGAGAGAGAGCACUUCAUCCACUGUCUCAAUGUGUACCACGCCAAGCGCAACGUCUUCGACUUGGUCCAGACUCUCAAAGUGAUUCUCAGCACGCCCGGUAAACGCCAGCUGCUGCCCAUGCUGCGCCUGGUCAUCCCGAGGUCCGACCAGCUGCUGUUCGACCAGUACACCUCCGAGGGACUCUACCUGAAGACCGAGCUGCUGCCCAGCAACGGCAGCGCGGAGGGCUUCGGAGACGGAGGAGACUCCACUCUGCAGAAAUAUGUCAGCUCUCUCCACGAGCAGCCGCUCACCUCCUCCGGCUGUCCAGACGGCUUCACCUCCUCUGGCUGUCCAGACGGCUUCACCUCCUCCAGCUGUCCGGACGGCUUCACCUCCUCCAGCUGUCCGGACGGUUACAGCGCCGCCGCGGAGCUGUCGGCCUCCAUGGCCCCGCCGUUCUUCCAGCUUCCCUUUGGAGAGGUGCGUAAAGUCAGCCUGACGCGCUCCAGGAGCCACGAGGGUCUGGGCUUCAGCAUCCGCGGCGGCUCGGAGCACGGAGUGGGGAUCUACGUGUCUCUGGUGGAGCCGAGCUCUUCGGCCGAGAGAGAGGGACUGAGGGUCGGGGACCAGAUAGUGACCGUCAACGACAUGAUGUUUGACCAUGUCACACACAUAGAUGCGGUCAAGGUGCUGAAGGGAUGCAAGAAGCUGGCCAUUUCAGUGUGUUCCAUGGGUCGGAUCCCUGGAGGCUACAUCACCAACCACGUGUACAGUUGGGUGGACCCUGAGGGCCGGAGCGUCACCCCGCCACCCGACAGCCUGGAGGCCAACCAGAGGCAAGGACAUGAAAUGGAGGACAGGAUGGUAAACCUGAAUAUGGACGAUGGUCGCUCUCUGGGUCUAAUGAUCAGAGGUGGUGCUGAGUAUGGACUGGGGAUCUACAUCACUGGAGUGGAUCCUGGUUCUGCUGCAGAUGCUGGUGCACUAAAGGUGGGUGACCAGAUCCUGGAAGUGAACAGUCAGAGCUUUGUCACCAUCUCCCACGAUGAGGCAGUUCACAUCCUCAAAACAGGACGCCACUUGCUGAUGAAGGUGAGGGAUGUGGGUCGUCUGCCUCAUGCACGCACAGUGGUUGAUGAGACCAAAUGGAUCUGCAGUCAGGCCAUAGCUGAGACCAAUGCUACGGCUAACCCAAGUUCCGUCACCAACCCCGCUGUCAAUGCGGGCAUCCACGUCGGUGUCAGUGCCAGCACCUGCAGCUCAAGACCGUCCUCAGCCAAAGCUACACCUGUAUCAGGAAAGCCAGCAGUAUACAGAGGCGUAGGCCCGCCAGGAGCUCAGGUGUCUCUGGAGCAGCAGGCCUACAUGCUGCUGACGGAGCCAGAGAGGCAGACCAUGGCCUACUACCUGCAGGAGUACCAGGACGGACACAUAGGAGUGGAGCCACUGACCAUGGCUCUGUUUGAGCUCUUUAACACACAUGCAAAGUUGUCCAUGUUGUCUGAUGUGAGGAGUCUGGUGGCUCACCAGGACCUGGAGUUCUACGACAGGCUAGUGUUGCACCAUGAGAGGGGGGCCCACCAGGUCUGGCAUGGAGGCCUGGGGGUGCUGCAUCCACAGGGCCACUGCAACCACUCGGCGCCCGUGAUCCAUGAUGUAGGACACACCAUCCCUGCUAUGACUGACGGAUCUGUUGGUGGCUGGACAGAAAAAGACCAGGAGGGAAACACUAAUGCCUUACAAAACAUUGCACUGGAUGAAAGGCAGGCUUCAGGUGAAUCUCCUCCAUUCUUCAGGGCCGCCCCCCUUCAGGCCCGGAACAGGCCAUCCAAAGAGAUGGAGGUCAGCCGGAAGCCUCCAGCCCGGCGGGGGCAGCCCGGCUCCAGCCUGCUCUUCACCGGCCCCACCCGGCUCCUCCAGGACUGCCUCCACAAGUCGCUCAAAUCCCUCCCCACCAACCACCAGCCUUCACCAGCCUCGGCCCACCACACCUGCGCUGGUGCCAGCCACCACACUUCCCUCAAUGCGCUCCAUCACACCUGCCAGAGUUCCCUUCAACUCACUGACUCUGAACACCACAACCACCCCCACUUUGCUCAUCACUUCCACCACCACGCUGCCCACCACAGCCGGCCCAGUUCAGGACACCACACCUGCCCAGGCUUCCUGCAACAUCGGGACUCCUCCAACUCUAUGAAACUAGAGGCAUCUGUCAAGCUCGCUUCCAGAUCCAGCUCCUAUGAGAAGUCCUCUUACUUGUCAAAGUCUGCGUCCUCUUCCAAAGCGCCAUCUCCCAUGCCGUCCCCUCAUCCAUCACCCCGUCCCUCGCCCUGUCCCUCCCCCUGCCCCUCUCUCAUAACACCUGCUGCUCCACCUUGUAGUCCUGACCGGCCCUGCUCACCUGCCCUCACCCAGAGACUCAUCAUAACAGACAUGAACCGGUUGUCUGCAGACUCCAGACCACAGCAAAGAGGGGCCACCCUGUCCCAGCUGUCAGACAGUGGCCAGACUCUGAGUGAGGACAGCGGGGUGGAUAUAGCCGAGGCAGGAGGCCUCAGUAAGGACGGCAGCCCUCGACCCAGCAAGAACCAGCAGGGCCAUCUGGAACAGCCAGGGACCCAUGGAGCUCCUCCAGGGAGCAGACAACAGACUGGCUCACCGGUCCCAGUGCCCACUGCUACCUUGGUACGAGUGGUGAAAAAUGCCAACACCCUUGGUAUCGCUAUAGAGGGAGGAGCCAACACACGCCAACCUUUGCCGCGCAUAGUCACCAUUCAGAAAGGAGGCUCGGCUCAUAACUGUGGUCAGCUGAAGGUGGGUCAGGUCAUCCUGGAGGUCAAUGGCAUUUCCCUGAGAGGUCGGGAACACAAGGAUGCUGCCCAGAUCAUUGCCGAAGCCUUCAAGACCAAAGAGAAGGACCACAUUGACUUCCUGGUUUUUGAGCCAGGACUCUAGUAUGAGGACUUUGCACGAAGAAGAAAGACACUGUUUCACUGCUUUGAGGGAACCGUAUCAGCUCCACAUGAUGUUGUCCAAUAAUCAUGGCCCUCAUUUUAAUUUCAGGGAAAGGAUUGUUGGAAAGACAUUUGUUUAUUGCACUCUACAAAGAUUUGCACAAUUCAAAUUUAGUAAAGGAUAUUACAUUAAUAAUUGCCAUAACAGUCAUAUGUGAAUUAAAUGCUUUUUGCUUCUGUUUCAUUAGUUUUCAAACCCUGAAUGUUAUUGUAUGUUUCACCAGGAGGACUGGAAUAGCACUGAUAGUGUGGUUGUCACACCAAAUUAUAUUAAAAACAGCCAAUUAUAUUACAGUCAGUAAAGUCA